GGUUAAGUUUUCACAGAAUCCUUUGGUCAAAUGUUGAUCAGUAAAAAGUAGUGUGAUGUAUUUGUUGCUGGAAACUUUAAUAAUCACUCAUUCCUUUGUUUAUAGUAAGGUUUUCCGAUUAGGAGGCAAAUCUCUCUAAGAUUUGAUAUGAGAAAUUUGGGGACAACCUCUUUAGCUUUGUCUUGUUAUAUAUAUAUUUCUGGAAAAAGAAAAUAAAUGGAAAGAGGGACAAUCAGUGUUAAGUAAAUGGAAAGCAAAGCUUUAUUGAAAGGAUAAUCUGUUUCUCCGUAGAAAAAUUAAACAAUGAAAUGAAAGGCAAACCCACAAAAUCAAUGGAAUCCCUAUAUCCGCGCCUAAUUCCCGGAUUACCGCCUAAAUUACAUUUAUAAGUUAGGCAGUGACGACUAAAGUGCAAGGGUUUACAGUUUACUCGAUCCAAGGAAAAACAUUUUAGUUUUUACACCCAGAAUUGAAACAACGCCAAAACAUCCGGAGCAGCACUAGCCCGUAACCGUUUUGUGUAUAUAAUUAAGGGGACAGGAUACGGUGACAACCCCCUUGAGGGUUGUCAGAUUCACAACCAUCUUUAUGGCCAUCGGAUACGUUCUCUCUCCUGUCUUUUUCUUCUUUUUUUAAAUUAAUGGUUAAGAUUAAACCAAGGGCAAAUUCGGAAUGGAAAACUUACCACAUGAGAUCCUUUCCAUUUUCCAUAUAAAUACUUUUAAUACCAAAAAAAAAAAACAGACCCUCCCCCAUUCUCCUGCGUCUCCCUCCUCUUCCCCUCUCACAUAUCUCUAACAAAAAAACCCUAGCCGUCAAGAGCUCCACCACCGUCGCCGCCUCUGCCUCCCCUGCCGUCGCGCCGCUGUCCUCCCCUCGCGCCCCGCCCCGCCGCUGUCCUCCCCGCGCCGCUGUCCUCCCCUCCCUCUUCCUCUCCCGUGCCCACCGUUCACAGCCUGCUGUCCCCGCCAUCAUGAUCGAGAUCUACGCCGCCGCCUGGCUCCGCGACGUCCAGAUCGGCUCCGUCCGCGUUCUCAUCAGCAACGUCCAGAUCGACGUCCAGAUCGUCUCUACACCAAGCUCUCUGCCUCCGGCGUCGGCUUCAACGACCUCCUCGACGCCAAGGCCACCGCCGGGGGUGCGAAGAAUCUCGAUGAGAAGACCUCCAAUGCUAGUGGUACCAAUUCCUAUUGGUACGAUACCACUACUCACUGGUACGUACCAGUGGCUCCCCUACCACUACUCACUGGUACCACUAUCAUCUGGUACCACUAUCAUCUAAUACCACUAUUAUCUGUUUUUUUUGUGUUAUUCUCUACUGGUACCGCUACCAAUGCUAGUGGUAGCGCUACCAGUGCUAGUAGCGUUGUGUUAUUCUCUACUGUUAGCGUUGUACUGGUAGCGUACCACUAGUAUUGGUACAUUUUUUAACGUACUGGUAGCGUACCACUAGCACUGGUAUAUUAAUUACCAGUAGACUAAUAGAUUGGUACACUUUUUAACGCAUUGGUACAUUUUUUCAGGUUGCCGGAGGGAGUCUGCCGGAGAGAAUUCGCCGGAGAAAAAGUUUGUCAGUCGAUGCGGAGUGGCUGCUGGAGAAAGGAAAAGAGAGAGAGAGAUAGAUAGAGAUAUUAAUGUAUAAGAUUUAAAUUUCAGAAAAAAAUUGUAUUUAAUAUGGGUAUUAAAUUCCCAAUAUAAUUAAUACAAAAAAGGUAAUUAAUAUAUUCAUUUUUUUCAU